AUGAAAUCCCCCCUCCACUUCGUCUUCCUUCUCCUCAGCAUCCUCAUGCUCACUCUCCCCAUCUUCGCCUCCGACAAAUGCGACAAGUGCUUCAACAACGGCGCCGAGUAUUGCAACCGCGGCAACGGCGACCUCCUCGAGUGCAAGGACCACUGCUGGCAGAAGAAGUGGUCUGUGUUAUGA